AUGCACGUGCUCGAGGAUUCAGUGCUUGAUCAGGUCGGCACGUAUUCGUGGGGUUCGGCCUGUUUGGCCAAUCUAUACAGAGAGUUGGGUAUAUGCAGCCGAGCACAGUCGAGGGGCUUGACGGGUUGCACCACCCUUCUUCAGUGCUGGAUAUACGAGUAUUUCCCGAGAUUCCAGCCGCCGGAGGAGAGCGAGCGUUACCUCGAGUUUCAGCCUCGAUGCAAGAGGUGGAACGCGCCGCCAAAAGCGGGCACGCUCGAGCAUAUUCGAGGUUUACUCGACAAUAUGACAGCGGAUGAUGUCGAGUGGCUACCGUAUGGUCGGGAUAUACACGAGAGUAUCCCUCGUACGUUGUAUCAUGGCACGAUCCAGUACAUGUGGGUCGUAGAGCCGUAUAUGCCUGAUCGUUGCGUCCGACAGUUCGGGUGGGUUCAGGAUAUACCGCGCAGUUUGAUUCCAUCGAUGAAGCCAUGUUCACGCGGUCCCAAAGGAGGACGGCACGGCAACGGGUGGGAAGUCGACGAGCACUACAUGGAAUGGUACACCGAUCGGACCCAUCCGAAGAUCAACAACCCCGACGUAGGCCCGGCUCCAGUGCAUCGAGAGAAUGUGAGGCCACCAGAUCAGCCGGCUUAUUACCAGAUAGUACGUGCACUGUACCCGAUCACCAGGAGCACUGGACAAGACUGGAUGCAGCAGUUUGCCGAUCUACGUGCCGAUCUUGGAGAUAUUAUGCAGCCCGCCGCCCGAUAUAUUGGCAUCGACCAUGACAACGACAACGACGACGACGAUGACGACGACGAUCAUGAGGUGCAGCCGCCGAGGAGAGCGAUGCGGUAG